GAUUCAUUGUCAAAAUCUGACAUGUACAGGUUAUUUCAAUAAAAGUAGUGAAAAAAUUCUACGAUUUAACUUAUUUUAGAUUUAUCAACAAUGUCUGAUGAAUUAGAAUUUGAAACCCUUGAACCAUCUCUCAGAAAUGUAAUAGAUCAAACCACUCUAAAAUGGAUUUUUGUAGGCGGUAAAGGUGGUGUGGGAAAAACAACUUGCAGUUGUAGUUUGGCAGUGCAGUUGUCAAAAGUGAGGAAAAGUGUUCUAAUAUUGUCCACUGAUCCUGCUCAUAAUAUUUCUGAUGCAUUUGAUCAGAAAUUUACCAAAGUGCCUACCCUAGUAAAAGGCUUUACUAAUCUCUAUGCUAUGGAAAUAGAUCCCAAUGUAGGGUUCAACGAAUUACCAGAUGAAUAUUUUGAUGGUGAACCAGAUGCAAUGAAAAUGAGUAAAGGAAUUAUUCAAGAGAUAAUUGGUGCCUUUCCUGGAAUAGAUGAAGCUAUGAGUUAUGCAGAGGUAAUGAAAUUAAUCAAGGGUAUGAAUUUUUCUGUUGUGGUAUUUGAUACAGCUCCAACAGGUCACACAUUGCGACUUUUGUCAUUUCCACAAGUAGUAGAAAAAGGAUUAGGAAAAUUACUGCGACUGAAGCUAAAAAUUUCACCUUUAAUAUCACAAAUAAGUGGUCUUCUGGGUAUUCCUGAUUUUAGUGCUGACAACUUCUCAUCGAAGUUAGAGGAGAUGUUAAACAUUAUAAAACAAGUUAAUGAGCAGUUUAAAAACCCUGAUCAGACUACUUUUGUAUGUGUUUGUAUAGCAGAGUUUCUAUCUCUAUAUGAAACAGAGAGAUUGGUUCAAGAAUUAACAAAGUGCAAAAUUGAUACACAUAAUAUUAUUGUCAAUCAGUUGUUAUUGAAUGUAAAUACUAGCGAAUGUAAAAUGUGUGCUUCUAGAUUUAAAAUACAGGAAAAAUAUUUGGAUCAAAUCAAUGAUUUAUAUGAAGACUUCCAUGUUACAAAGUUGCCACUUCUGGAAAAGGAAGUUAGAGGUACAGAAAGUGUAAGAAAAUUUUCAGAAUAUUUGAUAACACCUUAUGGUGGCUAGUAUUUAGAUUAACUUUAAAAUCAUUUGCACAAUUUAUGCAAGAUGCUCACUUAUCCUAAGUACCUCAAUAAAGAAUUUUGCAU